UGGUAUAGUUAAAAGCUACUGAAGGAACAAGCAGGAAUUCUCUGUGCUGUGGAGAGGCUGAGAUAUAAACCAGACUGUUAAAGUUGAUGUAUGAGCAGAGGGGAGACACUGCUGUUCAUGGUCUAAACUUCUGCUACUGUUCAGUGAAGAGAAUCUAUUGGGCAUCAUGGAUGAUGACUUUGACCGACGUAUGGAGCUGAGGAGGCAGAGGAGAGAGCAGAUGCGCCUCGAGGCUGACAAACCGGGUUACACCAACGAUGAUGAUGAGGAGGAAGCGCGGGAGCUAAGGCGACGUGCGAGGGAGGAGCGAAAGAAGAUGAAGGACUUGGAGGAGCCUGGUACCACUAAUGUAAUCAACACCAACAGUGUCACAGAGACCGAGUCCUCCACUGCCACCAUCACCACCAGUGCUGAAGGUGCAGAUGAUGAUGACCAGGCUUUGUUGGAUCGCCUGGCCAAGAGAGAGGAGCGGAGGCAGAAGAGAAUGCAGGAGGCUCUGGAGAGACAGAAGGAGCUUGACCCCACCAGCGAUAGCACAGACAGUGCACUGGAGGAGCAGUCCUCCAUCAGCUGCAACAAGGAGCAGCAUUCGGAAGAAGAUGAGGAGAAGAAGGAGGAGACAUCUGUCCAGAAGGAGGUGGCAGAGGCUGACAUGAAGACCUGGAACGAGGAGGAGGAUAAGCAGGAAUCUGUUGAAGAUUCAACACCACCAACCACAACAAAUGAGGAGGAGACUGAAGCUGCAGUGACAGAAGAAGAUGGUGAUCAAGGUCAACCAGAUGCUCGUGAGAAAGCUGUUCCUGAUUUUGAUGAGGACAAAGAAGAGAGGAAGAGGAAAGAAGAAGACAAAGAGAGACAGCAAAAAGAAUUGGAAGAAAAGCAGAGGAUAGAAGAGGUGGAGCGGCAAAAAGUGGAAAUGGAGGAAAAGCUGAAGAGAGAGGAAGAAGAAAGACAGCUGAAGGAGGAGGAGGAGGAAAGAAAGAAGAAGGGACAAGAGGAAGAGGAACAAAAACUACUGGAAGAGAGACUGGUGAAGGAGGAAGAGGAGAAAGAUAAAAAAGAGGAGGAGGAAAAACAGAAAAGGGAGAUGGAGGAGGCACAGAGGAAAGAGGAGGAAGAAAAACAGCAAAAUGAAUUAGAGGAGCAACUGAAAAAGGAAGAGGAGGAAAAGCGAAAGAAGGAGAUGGAAGAACAAAAGAAGAAAGAGGAAGGAGAAAAACAGAAAAGGGAAUUGGAGGAGCGACUGAAAAAAGAGGAGGAGGAAAGAUUAAAAAAAGAGAUGGAGGAAAAAAAGAGGAAAGAAGAGGAGGAAAAACAGAAACGACAAAUGGAGGAGAAAAAGAAAAAGGAAGAAGAAGAGAACAAAAGGAAGAAAGAGCUGGAGGAAAAGAAAAAGAAAGAGGAGGAGAGACGGAAAAAGGAAAUGGAGGAAAAGAAGAGGGAGGAGGAGGACAAGCGGAAAAAAGAGGCUGAAGAGAAAAAGAAAAAAGAGGAAGAGGAAAAGCGCAAAAAGAGAGAUAUGGAAGAAAAAAAGAAGAAAGAUGAGGAGGAAAAGCAAAAAAGAUUUGGAUUCAAAGAAAAGAAUGAACCAGCCAAACAAAAUGGAGCCUUGCUUGAGAACAAACUUAAGAAAAUAGAGAAGACAACAAGCGUUGCGUCCACUAAGGCAGAUGAUGCGGAGGGACAGGAGGCCGAGCGUAAAUUGCAGGAGCUGAAGCGUCGGCGAAACAAUGCAGACAGUGAAGAGAUUGAGAAGAUGAAGCAGAAGCAGCAUGAUGCUGAGGCUGAGCUGGAGGGGCUGAAGAGGAAGAGAGAGGAGAGGAGGAAGAUCCUGGAGGAGGAGGAGAGACAGAAGAAGCAGGAGCUGGAGGACAAGAAAGUCAAAGAACAGGAGGAGAGGAAGAGGAUGAAGGAGGAGAUAGAGAAGAGGAGGGCGGAGGCUGCAGAGAAAAAGAAACUGCAAGAGGAAGACACCACGAAACAACCUGCCUUCACCGUAUCACCCAAAGGCUCCUCCAAGAUCGGGCAGAAGGCAGAAUUCUUGAGCAAAUCAGCCCUGAAAAGCACUGCAGCCAGAGUGUCUCACACUCCGAUCGUCUCCAAGAUAGGCAACAGACUGGAACAGUACACUUCUGCCAUCCAGGGAAACAAAGACCCCAAAUCUCCCAAGUCUCCAAUGGCAGACAUUCCUACUGGAGGCACACGCAGCAUCAAGAGCAUGUGGGAGAAGGGCAACAUUAGCAGCACCUCUGAAAGUCCAGCUCCUGCCAAUAAGGAUGUGGCUGGUAUUAAAGGAAGCGUUUCCGGACGUGUUAACAGCUGGAUGACAAAGCCUGCAGAGCCAGAGAAGACAACACCUGCACCAGCAGCAACAGCAGCACCUACACCUGCAACUGCACCUGCACCUGCAGCUGCACCAGCAUCACCAGCAGCAGCAGCAGCACCAGCCUCAGCAAAGCCAGCAGAUAUGAAACCAGGUGAUGUUGGAAACAAGCGUGGCAUGUGGGAAACGAAGAAGACCAGUACACCUGCCAAGGUGCCAGUUGGAGUGAAGAGCAAGUUUUUCACAAAUGCAGGUGUAAGACCCUAACCACUGACAUCCUCAUUGAAAUGAAACAGUCCCCGAAACCAACACAAGCGUGUGCUACUGUUUGUGCAUCCAUUUCCCCUCAGCACGCCUGCAGCUCACACCACAAUGAGGAAGAGACGAGUGAGGGUUUUUUUUCUCCCUGGCUUUAUGUACUUUUCUGCAUUUUCAGUAAAAAAAAAUAUAUAUUCAUGUGUAUCUAUCUGAUUUGACUUGUUUUUUUUGUUUUUUUUAAUUCAUAAAAAUAUUAAGAACCAGGAAAUCAAUGAUUGACAGCUCAUGGGGUAGAUUGUGUCUGAUUAGUCCUGAUUUUUCUCCAACUUUCAAUAGGACUGUUAUUACAAAAGUCAGCAAAAUAGUCUGACUUAGUAGAAGCCUUGUAAAUAUUUUCAGUUAACACGUAACACUUUCUAAUGAGGGAUUCUUAAGCAAAGAUUUAUAAAUAUAAAUGGUACCUUUUGCUGUGGCUUUAUAGAUCUGUUAGUACUCAUUAAUAAGAAUAACUUUGCUGUUGCCUCUUCCUGGCCAAUCACACAAUCCUUAAAAAUGACUUGAGUUGUUUUUAGAUAAUUUACCAAUGCAUAAUAGAUUUAUCGUUAAAAAACAAACUGAAUCUACUGAAUGGCUUGUCGUGGGAGUUUGUGCAGAUAAUUCAUAGUUCCCAGAGGAUGAAGCCUACUGACUUUGAUGAUCCUGGUGUUUUCCUCUGGCGCCACCAUCAGGGUGGACCUUUAAAACAUAGUGACAAUUACUGACCAAAACAGUUGCAGAGAUUCAUGUCAUUAUCACGAUUAUUUGAAACCUUGAAACCUACAAUGCUGACCUACAACUGAUGGGUCAAACGUUUGUAAAAAGAAAUACAAGAUACAAAAUAAAUGACAUUGUUAUGUAAUGUAAGGACACAGAAAAGUGGAGUAAAUCACACACAAGUAACAGGUGAAUGUCUUACUCAUCGAUCAUCAAAUUACACACCACUACAACUGCAGUUUAUUUGCAUUCCAUUAGUAAUAAAUAAUUCCUGACGAUAAUAACUUAAAAUGUCAGCCUGGUGUUUUCAGUGUGCAUGAGUUGACUCCUGACUUAAUGUAUUGUCAGUCUUUCAUUAUAUGUGUUGGUUUGAAUGCUUGACAAUAUUGUUAUUAUUAUUAUUAUUAUUGUGCUUGCUUCUGCAAUUAAAAAAAAAAGAAAA